UCGACACUCUUGAAAAAUUCUUAGCGGGCCGAGACAUCCACGAAGGGCUCGAUCAAUAAACGCAAAUUCUCGUGGGCAAACAUCAUGGAGGUGGAAGACUCUAUAUCUGUUAAAUUUCGGACAGUCGUCGAAGCACUCAUGCUAAAGACGACAUCAGAGAUUGUGAAGGCUUUUGCUGAUGUCCUGUUGGAGACGAGGAUGGAGGUCUCUCGCAGCUGGAUGGAAAUUGACGACCUCAAGAAGGAGCUGGAACAGAGAGAAAAGCAGCGAGCAGAGCCUAAUUUCAGAAGUCAGACGACUCAAGUGAUUUUCAAAAGUGAAGAAGACGAAAUGGUAGUGUCCCAGCACAGCAAUAUGAUUCUUGAAAGUACAGAAAGCAAGGGUGAAGUGCAAAUAUCUGAAGAUACCAUGGUUGAGGAAACGGAUACCAGACCGGACAGCGUAUCAGUUCAUGAACAAGCAACUUCAAAAAGACUUGAAAAGGCCCAGAUGACCCAUUUAGAACCUAGAUCUAAAAGUGAUAGUACAUCUCCAUCUCAGAAUGUCUUAGAGCAUCAAACAUCUGCCACAGAGGCCCAAGAGUUGCCCAGCCCUUCAGUCAAAGCAGUUUCAGUGGUCAGACCCCAGCAACCGUUGUCUAGCACAGACAUUAUCAUUUUGAGUAAAAGGUCACAAGAAAAGGGGGCAGCGGUUUCAAAGAAAAAGUACAUGCAAAAAAAGAGCUUAUCCACAGAAAGCAACGGUUUAACACAUGCGCUCCGUGACAGGCAUCUCCUGAGCAGCAACAAACCUUGCUUGUGCUGUACUUCAGGCUUCAGAUACUCCACUUCAACGCAGCAAAGUGAGCCAAAAAAGAAUUCACCGGAGGCUUCACGUCUGCACACCUGCUUAGACUGUGGGACAAAGUUCCAGGAAAGGACAGAAUUUAAAAACCACAAGUGCUGCAGCAAGCACAAGUGCACCAGGUGCGGACAGACAUUUAGCAGCCUGAGGAAUCUGAAAAUUCACAAUGGACAUGCAUCCCCUGCACUGAAGAAGCCAUUUCCAUACAAGUGCUAUCUUUGUGAUCACAUGUUUGCUACUCGGUGUGGCUGGAACAUACACAAGAGGAUCCAUGUCCAUGGUCAUGUUCCUGAGAUUGCUCAACAAAACCAUCCAAGCCCUUCACAUUCGUUUACAGUGCCCAAAGAACUAAAGACCAAAGUGGAGGUUCGCUUGGAGAGAAUUUCAGAUGCUCAGCUGGAAGCUGCAUUAUUCCCUAAAGGCUCCUUUUUGCUUAAAGAUGAAAACCGAUUGAGAUCUGUGUCACAAUCCAAGAAAGUUUCCUCAGUUGUGGAACCCACACCACAAACACGGAGCUCUUAUAAACCAUCUGCAGGCACAACCAUGAGUGCACCCAUGUUAAUUAAAGACUCUGUGUCAAAUAAACGUACAGAACUUAUGGAAUGCCAAGCUUCAAGUUCAGGGACUGAAUCAAGUGUGAGGCAGUCAGAUAAUAAGACAGAAGAUUCAGUUUUUCCAACUGCUUCUAGCAAAAAACGGGCAGCGGAAAAGUGGACACAGUCAUUGAAUGCGCAUAGAGUUGACAGUGUGGAGUGUGAUGAAGGUUUAUCCAGUGCAGAUGAAGACUUACCAAAAGGAUUAAAUUCACUUUCAAGGAAACGAAAAAUGUCAGAUUGCAGUCAUGACAUAUACAAUGGUGUGUUUCCUGUUGAGAAAAUUCUUAGAUGGAGAAAUACAAAGGGUCGAAAUGAAGUCAGAAUCAAGUGGAUGCCGUGCUCACUAUGUGGUGCAAAAUGGAAAAACACAUGGGAGCCAGCUGAAAGCUUUAUCUCCUAUAAGGAUGGCAAAAGUGAGGACACUGACAAACGGAAUUAACACUGAAUGUUUUAAAUGCCAUAAGGAUUAGGAACUGGGGAGGUUGGUAAAUGUUCUUACCUUUUGGCAAAAGGCAAAACUAGUACACUAGAUAAGUAUUACCCUGGGAUACAUUAUUCUGCUGACAUAAUACAGCAUGAGUGCUACCACGUGCUCUGGUGUUUCACCCCUUUGCAAGUACUUUUUAGCAAAAUCAUUGCAUAACUUGCGUGUUUGCAAAUAUCUGCAAACAUAAAUUUUGCAGUGAGAACACCUUGUCCAUCAUCCUGAUGUAUAUAAAGCAUUAAUUCAUUGAAAUAAAAUCCAUAAUUAAAACAAAAUUAGCUAAGGGAUUUUGGUAUAUUAAAUGAAAUUAUAUACAAACCAACUAUUAGAAUUUCUGGACAGAAUCCUGGCAUUAUACUUUAAAUAUUUUUUGAUCCCUUGUUUCCUAGGAUUUUUUUUUCUGCACAAGAACAUAUUUUUAAGCAUAUAGGCUGAAAGAUAAGAGCCACCUUAUCAACUUUUUUCAGGUUAUUUAUUUGUUUAUUGCACCAUAGUGCACAAGUUAUUUUAUUUACAUUUUUUUUUUUGUUCUUACAUUUAUAAUUGGCAAAAUAUGUGUCUUGGCUUAAGGCUACUUGGGGAAGAAUCUUACAAUGUGAACAGUAUAUUGACGGUAGUCACAUAACAUAAUAAAAGGCAUGUUUUCUAAAUUCCGCGUAAAUGUAAGAGUAUAAAAUCUGUCUGGGAUGAAGAUUUUGUUCUUUUUGUGGUACAUAAGAAAGCAUCGUAUUGCAUUUUGUUGUGUACAUUGCUUUGAAUAACUGGUUAAAUAUUAAAUAUUCAAUGCUAUUACUGUUCAUCACAUUUGAUGUUUAUGACAUUUUUGUUUUUUAAAACGUUUAGUAGUGAGUUGUCAGUAUUUUAGUAAUGCAAGCAUCCUAUUUUGUUAUUUUAAAUCUUUGAACAGCUGAUUAAGCUACCGGCAAUGCUUACAUGUACUGUAGCUUAGUGG